UUUUGGUUUACCAGGUUAAUUAUCGCUUUUGUCGAGCGUCAUUGUACGAUUAGCGUGCCCUCCUUUGACGUCAUUGUUACAUAUAAAUACUCAAUAGCUCUUCUUUUUUCUCAUAAACUUAUCGUGAAGCUAGUACGACGGAUCUACUACUGAAACUAUCGAUAAAAAUUACGAAAGUUUGAGAGAAAAUAGAAGAUCAUUGGAAUUCAUCGAAAAUGGUUGCUACCAAGGUUUUCGUAUUUAUAUUCUUCCUCGCUGUUAGCUGCAGCUACUGCUACGGGUCUCCGAUCAAUAGAGCAUCGAUCAUCCAACCAGUAAUCGUUGUUCCAACUAUUCUCGAUCAGGAGACAAAUUCUGAUGUGUUCCUUAACGAUGAAGGAACAGAAGAGGUGAUUGUACCAUCGGUUCUUCUCGUUCUCGAUGGUUACUUAAACGAUCCAGAAAACUUGUUAUCAAAGGAAAUCAUUGAUUCGGGUUCAAGGAAAAUCGAGAAACGUGACGUGAUCGAAGAAUCUACGAAGGAUGAUCUCGAGACUGCAGCUGGUACCAACAUUCUUCGUCCUCUUUUUGUUUAUCGUCAACAACUCGCUUACAGGCAACGUCUAAGGGAAGCUACUCGUCGUGGAAAUCGUUUUUGAAUUGAAUUAUCUGAAACAUUUGUGCUAAAGAGAUUGGCUGAUAUAUCAGCUGAAAUGACGAGGACACGAUUCAAAUAGAUCUGAUUUAUUUAGAUCAUGAAUUUCACACGAAACGAAAGACAAAAUUUGAUUCAGAGCUGUAGCUUCUUCAAUCAAAUGGCUUACCAAAGAAUGAACAAGACAAGGAACGAUUGAAAUGAGUUCUGCGACCAAAACAAUAAUUUAUUAUCAAAUAUAGAAGACAAAUAUUCGAGGAUUGUCGAAUGAUCAUUCUGUUUUUACGAGUGUUGGUAGAUAACGAGGAUUAUUAAAGUUUCAUUUCGUGAAGUGUUCAACGAGAUGGAUGGAAAGAAAUAUCGACUGAGAAUAAUCAUGAAAAUGUUUCUUACAAAAAAAAAAAAAAAGAUUACAAUUGUAAGGAUUUAAUAUUUA